GAACCACGCCGACAGACCUAUCGAAGAUGAAUCGAGCAAGAGGCGCUUCAGUGAUAUCUCGAUUUUUCUCAAAUAUCCAUCAUAAUCCUGCUCGAUCGGUGCAUAUCCUCAACAGCAAUAAUGUGCUGAAUUCAUGUGGCCUUGGGAGGACCGGGCGAAUUGGUGCGGCCACGCCACUUCAACAAUGGGUCCGUCUCAUGUCUAUCAUCUCCAGCAAUUUUCCAGACACAAAACUUUCAGACAUCACUCUGCCACAAUAUGUGAUGGGAGAUUUUGACAAAUAUGGAGAUCUUGUAGCAUUGGUUGAUGGACCAUCGGGACGCUCAUAUAAAUUCUCCCAGAUCCCUCAGCUUGUGAAGAACGUUGGCAGUGCCUUUACGAGACUCGGCUUAAAGAAGGGAGACGUGGUUUGCCUCUACCUGCCUAAUCUACCCGAGUACCCAAUCACACUUUUGGGGGUGACCAAUAUCGGAGGGAUAGCAACAACUGCAAAUCCUGCCUACACAGCUGAUGAGCUGUUGUAUCAACUACGAGACUCCACAGCCAAGUACCUCGUCACAGUCGGACCAAUUCUUGAGGCAGCCAAGGCAGCUGCCGAGGAGUAUGGAAAACUAGAAGAUAUCUAUGUAAUUGGCGGUGGUGGCGAAGGAUGUAAAGACUUUGCUGAUCUGAUGAAGGACGAUGGAUCUGCAUUCCCACAUGACAUGGAGGUGGACAUAGACGACGUGGCUGUGCUUCCGUAUUCCAGCGGUACAACAGGGCUACCAAAAGGUGUCGAGUUGACGCACAGGAAUCUAGUUCAGAACAUGCAAAUGGCAAAUGCUGAGCGGGAACUGAUUUACUCUUCCACGGAGGAUACCUCCAUCUCCGUCCUGCCGUUCUUUCACAUCUAUGGCAUGAUGCCCGUCAUGUCGCUUCUCUUACGCAAUGGUACCAAGCUGGUCACCAUGCCCAAGUUUGAUCCAGAGGAGUAUCUCUCGUUGAUACAGCAAUAUAAAGCCUCAUUUCUCUGCAUCGUACCACCCAUUGCCUUAUUCUUAGCCAAACAUCCCGUCGUGGAGAAAUUUGAUCUGAGUAGUGUCAGGGAUGUCAUCUGUGCAGCAGCCCCCCUCAGUGAGGCAAUGGAGGCUGCCCUGGUGCAGAGGAUUGGCAAAAUUGUAAGGCAAGGUUACGGCCUGACCGAGACCUCGCCAGUCUCCCACUUGUGUCCACUUGACCACAAGGGCAAGACUGGUUCUAUUGGACUGCUCUUGCCAAACUCAAAAGCUAAGAUUGUUGAUGUUGAGACCCGUGAGGAGCUUGGAUUGAACCAGGAUGGUGAACUCGUGCUCGCUGGACCACAUAUCAUGAAGGGUUACCAUGGUAAUCAGGAAGCCACUGACCAUUGUAUCAAAGAUGGAUGGUUCUUCACUGGUGACAUCGGGCAUGUGGAUGCAGAUGGUUACUUCUACGUUGUUGACAGACUCAAGGAAUUAAUCAAAUACAAAGGAUUUCAGGUUCCCCCAGCAGAGUUGGAAGGUCUGUUGUUGACUCAUCCGAGUAUCGCUGAUGCUGCUGUCAUUGGAGUGGCUGAUGAAUCAGCGGGAGAACUCCCAAAGGCGUUCGUCGUGCUUAAACCUAACAGUGAUACCACUGAGGAGGACAUUGUCAAAUUUGUUGAAGAGAGAGUAGCGUACUACAAGCAACUGAGGGGGGGCGUAGAGUUCUUGACAGAUAUUCCUAAGGCAGCAAGUGGAAAGAUCCUGCGAAGGAUUCUGAGAGCAAGGUCAUCGUAGGACAGGCUGAUGUCUCAGUAAUAUUUCAAUUGGUGUGUGAAACUGUGAGUUGCUCAGGUUUAUAGGUCGUGGCUCAUGGGGAAGUGUGCCCAUAUUAUAUAAUCUAGUUGACAUGGGAUCAGAGGACAGGGGUUUGAUGUUUCCUGUUAAGGAGUGUAAAGUGUGAUGGGUUGUACUUGUGAACUUGUCAAUGUCCUAGGUCUUGAUGAAGUUUUGAAGGGUUAAUAAAGCAAUAGCCCAUGCUUGUCAUACGUCAGUGUGGAAGGUGUUUUCAUUGGCUUAUUCUCCCGAAGGGGAACCUCAUAUUUCUAAGGCAGCAAAUAGAGUUUGGAUUGGUUUCAUUUCAGAUUCGAGGUUUGAUCGCUAUGUUUUUUGUAUUGUUUUAUGAUUUUGUUGGGGAAAAGCUCUAGGAGAGAUCUUGUGCUAACCACCGCUGAUACAAGUGAGUGGAACCUCGCUCAGCAAACACAUCACAUACCAGGAAACUCUCUCUAUUAGGGAGAAUUGUUUUGGUCUUAAAUGGGUUUUUUCUCUGCAGUUUGACCUCUGUAAAUGUAACAUGUGUAAUCAGGUUGCCUCCCUGUUGAGGACAGCAUUUAUCAGUUUCCUUAAAAGAGAGGUUACAGCAGUAAGCGUUGUGUCGUUACUAACUGGCAAUAACAAUGCCAAAGCAUAAUCAUAACUGUUGUUGAGACUAGACCACAUCUUGCCUUUAACAGUAGGCCACCUCUUGCCUUUAAAAGUAGGCCACCUCUUGCCUUUAAAAGUAGGCCACCUCUUGCCUUUAAAAGUAGGCCACCUCUUGCCUUUAAAUGUAGGCCACCUCUUGCCUUUAAAAGUAGGCCCCCUCUUGCCUUUAAAAGUAGGCCACCUCUUGCCUUUAAAAGUAGGCCACCUCUUGCCUUUAAAUGUAGGCCACCUCUUGCCUUUAAAAGUAGGCCCCCUCUUGCCUUUAAAAGUAGGCCACCUCUUGCCUUUAAAAGUAGGCCACCUCUUGCCUUUAAAAGUAAACUUGGGAGCCAACAGAUUGUAAUCUUCAUGUGAUCAUGAUCAAGAUGUCUUUAAAAUCCUUUAAUGGUAGCAUUCAUUUUGUUUUGUUGGUGUCAGAGUCUAGGUGACACGAUGCCAUAAAAACAGUUCCGUUUCCAAAAUAAAGGAUUUAAAGAACCUCUGCGACAUGUUCUCGCAGAGAUUUUGCUCAAUGUGUUAUUGACUCUGCAGACAAUUAUCAUUUUUCUUAUAUUUAUUCUCUUGUCUUGAAAAAUCUCCAUUGUCAAGAGCAUUCUUUAGAUCCUGAAUAGGAUCUCGACCUUUUGGAUGGGUCAUUAUCAUAUCCCUGAACGAAUUUUGGCAGCAGCUCAAUUUCAGAAUAUUCUAAUCAGAUAUUUGUACAGAAAUCUACCUCAAUUUUCAUUACUUCAUAUCAGUUUUAUGUAUUUUGUAUGUGAGUGUGAGUAGGAAGAUCAGGGACAUGAUGGUUGAAGCGUCGGGUUCAUACAUGUAAUCAGGAUGUUGUGGGUUCGACUCUGAGAAGGAUCAUCAAUGUUUUGUAUUUGUGUUGUUGAGCAAGGCACUUACCCUCACUUGCUUCUCUCCAACCAGGAUUACUGUUAAAUGGAUUCCCAGCUCGCUGUUAAAAUAUCUGUAUAUAGAUAUAUAUGUAUACAUGUAGGAAAUGUCAUUGCUCAAUGAUUUAUUUAGAAUAAUUUGAUUGUACACUUUUAUACAUGUCUUCAGUAUUAUAAUGAUCAUGUUUUGAUGAAUAUUACAAAUAUACU